UGAGCAGGGAAGGGGAUCCGAAGCAAAGAAACGAGGACAUGAGCAGAAACCGCGACUUCGCAAACAAGAACCAGUUUUUCGAAUUAGAUCAAUUUUAUUCAUUCUCGAGAAUUAGUCUUCUUGCAUUCUUGACGAACUAAUUUUUGACGCGAAGUGUAAGGUUUUUGAGUAAAUCAUAAAUCUAAAGUCUUCUCAAUUUCGCACAUUCCGUACACCUACCAGGCGAAACAUUUUCGACAGCCAAUCGCGUGUAAAAUUACUCUUUAUACAGCGUACUCCCGAAUUAAGGUGUGUGGCAUUCAGAGUUCUGCUGGAGUGUUAUUCGCAAUACGUUCUCGUUCUUUUAUGCAGUUAACUACAUUUAUACUAAAAUUGUGUACAUGUAUGUAUGUGUGUGUAAUACAAGUGAUAGUGAAGAACAUUAUCUUAAGAAUCUAUUAUGUAUUCCGUGCCUUUUAAAUCAUAACCUCUAUUUAUAUAUUCCAACGAAAUAUUUAAAACAACAGACGAUCGAUAUUCAGUGAACUAUGAUGAGAAUCAAUCUUUUCUUCUAACGAUGUUUUGGAUUUUUAUUUAAUUUAAAAAAAAGUACAUGAUGACAAAAUUGAAAAUUGAAUAGUAUUUGAAGUAAUAUUUUGAUUAAUUUAUCUACGAUCUACUGGCCAACUCUCGCAGUUUUGGGAACUAUUGUGAAGUAAUUCAGUCUCUCGUUAUAGUUUCGUGGACUACGACCUUACACCAGUUUGUCUUUGUCACCGCAUGUACGGUAGCAACCUGUUGCGAGCUUGUGACUGUUAAAAAAAAAUGUCCGGUACAGAUUCCCACAGUCAGCAUGCGUACAUUUAUAUUUUAAGACCAUUUUGGAACCGGUGGAAAUGGUACGCGGUGAUUGCAUUAUUAGGCAUCGGUUCGAUUAUUUUAAUUCGGCAAUUCAUAUUCGCGUCCUAUUUUCCUUUGAAUCAGUUAGGACAUAAUGCGUAUUCGGAGGAGCUAAAUCAAGAUGUCCUUAAUAGGUGGUAUAACUUUACCAAUGUUGUUAAAUGGUACAAUGGCAAAAUACAGUCACCAUCGGAUCCGGCACAUUGGCAGCGGUACAUGACCGAUAUUCGUCGACAAUGGAUAUUUCGGGAAUACAAUCCGGAUCAACCAUACAACCUUGAAAAUCCAGAAAUCGAAGAUCAAUCGAUGGGCCAAGCCGAACAUAUUCGAAAAAUUUUCAAAGAUAAGAAAAAUGGCUUCUUCGUAGAAUGUGGCGCUUACGACGGGGAGACUCGGAGUAACACAUUGGUAUUGGAACGAUACUUCGAUUGGAAUGGUCUUCUGGUAGAGGCGGAUCCUUUGAAUUUCAGUAAAAUGUUGAGAAAAAACAGAAAAGCUUAUCUAACACCUACGUGCCUUGCCACUGAGCCAUUUCCCUCCGUGAAUUCCUUCUUGAUGGCCGAUAAUGUUGGACGUCUCCACGAGCUGAAUGCUUCUGAUAGCCAUUUACCAAAUUCUCCUGAUGUUGCCCACAGUGGUGUCCACAUCUCAGUUCAAUGUUUUCCAUUUAUAGAUUUAAUGGCUGCUCUUAAUGUGACUACAGUAAAUUAUUUUAGUCUUGACAUUGAGGGGCAUGAGCUUCAAGUAUUAAAAACGAUUCCUUUCGACAUGAUAAAUAUCGAGACACUUUCUGUUGAAUUCUCUCAUGUUGAAGAAGGCAAAAAGGAGUUGAUCGGUUUUAUGGAGUCAAAGGGUUAUUAUGUGUAUUCAAUGGUUAUUAGAUCUGAUAAUUUAGCACACGAUAUAAUAUUCGUGAAAUACGACGAAAAGUUUAAUUCACUAAUAGAAUAAUCUCGCCUUAGCUACGUUAGCGUUUUCCUUUUAAUAUCAUAUUUAAGUAACUUAUUUAAUGGGAAAACUACAUCAUUAAGUUAUAUACAUUAUCACAUUAGCGUACGUAACAUUAAACAUAUUCCAUUGUAAUGUUAAAUGCAAAGUGUUAAUAUAAAAAAUUAGUUGAUCCGAUAUUAUGAAUAUUGUUCGAAUUUUAUUUUACAAAAUAUUUACAGAAACAUAUAUUUUGGAUAAUAAAAAUAAAGUGUCUCUUUGUAAAUAGUUCGCAUAAAUAAAAAUCAAUAAUGAUCUAUAAACUAUUGAAAACGAACGCUUUGCAGUCAAUUAGGAACGAAAUUUAUACAUAUAGCAUAUAAAUCGCAUUAAGAAGUUUGUUUUACCUGCUCCAGCUUAAGCGUCCUAGAUAUUUAAAUAUUUUUUACGGUAAUUGAUUCCUAUUGUAAAAAUAAAAGUGAACAUUAUACAAUUUUUAAAGACUACUGGAAUGAUUUAAUGUACAAUUAAAUCAACCUGCCAUUUAUUGCUACGUCAUGAGCAAUAAAGUUUUAAUAGUUAGCGCGAUGGCAAAAAUAUCGAUGUAUAUGUUCCGCAGAGACUGUAAUUAAAUAAAUAAUUAUUUAAAG